CAAGAAAUGUGGCUCCAGAUACAGCACAAUGGGGCCUGCACCCACUAGGCCACUAGAGGCAGUUACAGUUAGGCUGUUCCUACAUGUGCAUCAUAUAGUUACAUCUUGAAUUAUCUACUAGAUUAGGUUGGUGAUCCUGUCACUCUAUUAGAUUAGUCUUUGGAGUUCUCUGACUAGGGGAGGUGUCCAUGUCCCCUUGGGGCUCAGCAACACAAUGUGAAAUGUGAAUUGCUUGUUGCAUUGUAUAGGAACAGUUUCUCGUUUGAUCGAAUGCUAAACCACGACAUUAGUGAACAAAUAAGCAUGUCGGUGUGACCAAACAAUAUAUACUUCUAUUUGGAUCGGUGUGGGCUGUCUGCUUGAGAUUAAUCUUAAUGCGCCCGCCAAGUGUUCGACUGAUUGCCUGUGAGAGUAGUGGUGCUGAGCUCUGUAUGUUUGUGGGUAGUGCGCUAUUAGGUUGCCCAAUUUUGAUCUCACCAGUGCUUAAAUAAGGCUAAAUUCUAGGUGAUUGGAUUGUGUGAGCUCCAGCUGGUGUUGCACUUCUUCUUGGCUGUCCAUUUUGUGCUAGUCCUAAUUAUGUCGACACCGGCUGCUAGGAUGUAUAAAUUCGGAUUGUCUUUGGAUUUUGUAUGACUAUUUGCACCUUGAGGGUGCUGACAGAUUCGUCUGUGGCUGGUGUGAAAGAAGUUAAUUGACUAGAGUGAGCAUACUUUGGUGUGACAUCUAGGGGAUAUUUUGUUUAGGUUCGAAUGCUGCUUGCAGCAACUCACAGUUGGCAUAUCAUCAAAAUAGUAUGAUAUCAUUGUCAUGCUAAUUUAACAGAUUAACAUCUCAAAAUCUAUUACUCAUGAGAGUAGCCUUCACCUACAAAAUAUCAAAGAAAAGGGACAUGAUAGUAAAGAGCUGAUUCUAGGGAAAGUUAAGAUUUCACUUUUCUCUCAGCCAUCGAGUUGGAGUAGUUAACCAUCUAUAUGUCAUGGAAGAAUACACUCUUCGGAAAUUCAACACCUUAAAAUAAAAUAGAAAAAACAAAACCUGAGUUCUUCUUUGAAGCAAUAAAAUCAAUAACUCCUAUUAGCACAAGUCUGUAAGGCUUUGUGUAAAGUUUUGUUACGUCAAAGAAACGGGGUCCACUUGGGCUUCCAUAGUUGUCUGGUCCUAGAAAGCCCUAAAGGCAAAUAAAGUAGUGCUUGUUAAUCUUGUCAUUUGGCAAUUAAAACCCUAAUUUUUAACUCUUAGUUUCUAGUCUUUAUUAUCAGCGUACUGUGUGCUUUUUGUAAGUCCUAAUUGCAACCUAUCAGCUACAAUAGGCUGAUGCAUGCUCUUAUUCAUUUUACUUUCUAUUUUUUUAUUAUAAAUCUUCUGUAUUUGUUGAUGAUUGUUCUUAUUCUGUUAUUACAAUAGUUCAUUAUGUAGUUGCAGUUUCAGUGUUUCAGCAAAUUAAUGGUUUUUACCUUGCCAUGAACUCCCAAUAUAGUCAAACAGUUCUUUUUACUUACUUUAAAAGGUAUAGUUCAGAUUAGACUUAAGUAUUUGAUUCAAGACUUUUUGAAGCCAGUGGUGGUGGACUAAACUUAGGUACAAGUGGCCAAGUGACAAAACAAGCACAGUUAAUACAUUUCUGACAAGCCAGUGGUGGUGGACUAAACUUAGAUUUUUCAGGAAUACUGGGACACUUUGCCCUCUCUUCGAAAAAUCUUGUCAAUGCGACUUCUCUAGAUAUCACAGCUGACAGUGAUGAGUUUGAUGCUUUGCAAGGCAGGUUGGGAGGACAGUUCAAUAAAUACUCCACAGUUUCCAUCCCAUGUCUGAUGAAGGUUCAGGAGUUCAUGUGUUGGAAAGCCUACCUGCAAGGCUGCAACUGGCCAUAAGAAUCCUCCUGCAAAAAAUGUAUACUCAUUUUUCAUGAACUGCGUAGAAUGGACAGUUGCCAUCAUCAAUCCAUCCUUGCCAGUUGCCACCCAGAUGCCAGAAAAUGAUUUGGCAUCUGAAGUUUCAUAACUAUACAAAAUAUGCAGAACUUAAAAUUGAUAGUACACCAUGCAGUAAGCUUCUACGGUGAGUCUAAAAACAUGUACUCCUGUAUCAAAACCAUUGUUCUGACAAUACCGACCAGCCUCCCAAAUCUCAAUUGGAUGGAACAUCAUCAAUUGACAUGAAUGCAGGCAGCCACUGAACAUGAAUGCAGAUCCAACCCAUAUGGAACCCAUUGUUUGCUCUGUUGUAUCCAAUGAUGCAAAUUUACAUAUUAUAAUGCACAGAAAAGGCAAGAUUGAUGGUCGGUGAAGCAUGGUUUUUCUGUGAAGUGAAGAAAUGUGAUUGAUUGAAUUCAUGUCAUGGGGUGUUCGGGCACAUAUCUACUGGAUGUGAUUCAAGAUAUCCUGCUAAAAUCGUACCACACGAUCAAUCAGGUUCAUAUUGUGUACUUGGGCCACAACGAUGGCCUCAAUGCUUCCCUUACUGCAAGUCUUCAUCUCCAACUUCUAUCAGGAGUCUUUACAAGGUCGGAUGAAGCAAGAGAUGCUAUUCUGUAUAGCUACAGCUAUGGAUUCUCUGGUUUUGCUGCAAUGCUCAAUUCAACGCAAGCUGCCAAAUUAUCUGAAGCAGAAGAGGUCAUAUCAAUAUUCAGGAGUAGGAUGCUCGAGAUCCAUACAACAAGAAGCUGGGACUUCAUGGGCCUCAGCCUGCAUAUUCAGAAUGAACAAUCAGCCGGAAUGCAAUUGAAAUACGGAGACGAUAUAAUUGUCGGUAUUCUUGAUACAGGUGUGUGGCCUGAAUCCCAGAGCUUCAGGGAUGAUGGCCACCUAGGCGACAUCCCGUCGUCAUGGCGCGGCACGUGUGUGGAGGGCGAGAAGUUCGACCCGGCCACGGCGUGCAACCGGAAGCUCAUCGGCGCGCGCUACUACCUCGCCGGCUUCGAGAGCGAGGUCGGUCCGCUCAACACCAGCGGCGGCGCCGAGUACCGGUCGCCGCGGGACCGCGUCGGGCACGGCACGCACACGGCGUCGACGGCGGUGGGCGCCGUGUCGCCCGACGCCAGCUACGUCGGCGGCCUGGGCCGCGGCGUGGCGCGCGGGGGCGCGCCGUGGUCGCGGCUCGCCGUGUACAAGGUGUGCUGGUUCAAGGACCUGACGGGCCGGUGCAGCGACGCCGACAUCCUGGCGGCGUUCGACGACGCGCUGCGCGACGGCGUCCACGUGAUCUCGGCGUCCCUCGGCUCGACGCCGCCGCUCAUGCCGCUGUUCAUGACGAGCACCGAGAUCGGGGCGUUCCACGCGAUGCAGCUCGGCGUGCCGGCGGUGUUCUCGGCCGGGAACGACGGGCCCGACGCCGCCAUGGUGCAGAACGUGUCGCCGUGGGUGAUCACCGUCGCCGCCAGCACCAUCGACAGGAGGUUCCCGACGGUGAUCACGCUCGGCAACAAUGUCUCCCUCGUGGGAGAGAGCUUCAAUGUGAAUGACAUGAAGAUGAGAUUAGUAGAAAGCGGCAGUGUCUUCUCCGAUGGGUCUUGCUCAUUCGACCAGCUAACCAACGGGAGCCGGGCGGCGGCGUCCGGCAGGAUCGUUCUGUGCUUCUCCACCACGACGGCGUCCAGCGGCGUCGCGGCGCUGGCGGUGUACGCCGCCGGCGGCGCCGGCCUGAUCUUCGCCGAGACCAUCUCCCGCAGGUCGACGCAGGACAACUUCCUCCCCACCGUCCACGUCGACCUCCGCCAGGGCACCCGGAUCCUCGACUACAUCCGCGGCAGCAGCCGCCCGCCGACCGCGCGCUUCUCCCCGAGCACGACGCUCGUCGGCAAGUCGCCGGCGCCGGCCGUCGCCUACUUCUCCUCCAGGGGCCCCAGCUCCAUCUCCCCUCACAUCCUUAAGCCUGAUGUCACCGCUCCCGGCGUGAACAUCCUGGCGGCGUGGCCACCCAUGUCGUCGCCGACGGUGAUCCCGCUGGACAAGCGCUCCGUGACGUGGAACUUCGACUCGGGCACGUCCAUGUCGUGCCCGCACGUCUCCGGCAUCGUCGCCGUCGUCAGGGCCGUGCACCCGACGUGGUCGCCGGCAGCCAUCAAGUCGGCGCUGAUGACCACGGCAUACAUGUACGACGACACGUCCGACGUGAUGCUGGCCGGCGGGACGCUGAAGGCGGCGGACGCGUUCGACGUCGGCGCCGGCCACGUCGACCCGCUGCGCGCGCUGGACCCGGGCCUCGUCUACGACGCCGGCGUGCGCGACCACGUCCUCUUCCUCUGCGGCCUCGGCUACACCAGGUACCAGAUACGCCAGAUGGUGCUCCCCUCGCCGUCGCUCGACACGAGCUGCGGCGGCGAGGGCGGCGGCGCGGCGCCGCCGGAGUACGACCUCAACUACCCGGCCAUCGUGCUCCCGCGGCUCAACGCGACGGUGACCGUGAAGCGGACGGUGACGAACAUGGGGCCCCGGAGGGACGCCGUGUACCGCGCCGCCGUCGUCAGCCCGCACGGCGCGCGCGCCGCCGUGUGGCCGCCGGCGCUGUCCUUCUCCCCGUACCGCGACACGGCCUCCUACUACGUGACCGUCGCGCCGGCGAAGCUGUCGCGCGGCCGGUACGACUUCGGCGAGAUCGUCUGGUCCGACGGCUACCACCGCGUCCGCACGCCGCUCGUCGUCAGGGUCACCACCAUGCCCGACACCGACACCGGCGUCGACGUCGACGUCGCCGCCGCGCGCGCCAUGGACACGGCUACUGCCACCCAGCUGCAGGAUUCCUAGCUCAGCUUGUUCAGAAACCUGGUUUCAUCUGGUCAUCAAAUCAUCAGACUACAAAAAUUGAGAUCUUUUUGGGUGUGGAUUUCUCGAGCUUGGAGUUAAAAUUUCUUCGGACAAGUAGCCACUAGGUGUCAGUGUGUCACUGGUCAAGUACUACUAAAUGAGCAAAUUUCUGGAUGCUACUAUUACUGUCAUUUCUAUGGCGGCUAAUGAUGCAAGAAUUAUUUAUAUGUAUGAUGAUGUGAGUAAUUAAAAAUUUGAUGAUUCACCUAGAUCUGGGGGA